AAAAUACUAUUUGAACUCCGGUGUCUGUCAUAAAAUGAAUUGGGUAGGUCAGAGAAGAACUUUACACUCUGUAUAAUGAUGAAUAAGAUUCUAUGGUGUGUGUGUGUCUCAGCCUCCCUGGCAGUGGAGAUCAGCUCCUAUGUUCUGCUGGCUUCCCUCAGUGCCUCCCCUCUGUCUACCACUGACCUGGGCUACGCCUCCCGCAUCGUCAGGUGGCUGGACACAGUGGUGGCCCUCCAGGCCCUGGCUCUCUACUCCACCAGGGUGUACAGUAGAGAGGGUUACAGCACAGUCACAGUACAGUCUCCCAGUGGGGCACAGCACAUCUUCGAAGUGAACCAAAACAACAAGCGUCUCUACCAGGAGAGGGCGCUGCAGGACACAGAAGGGAAGUACAUCGUGGAAGGGCAAUGCAGGUGGCGCUCCACUACAACAUCCCUACUCCUACUGACAGCACAAAGCUCAGUAUCCAGGUGAAGCCAGAGGUGGACUGCAACAGUAACUCUUUGAGACACAGAGUCGCGCUGAAAUUCCAGUCUCAGUAAGAAUUUCCCAUCACUAUUCCUAACUUUCAACCACACCCUGGACAUCAUACAGGAGCUCCCAGUACAGAAUCUAAAGCCAACGGUGGUCAAGAUCUACAACCAGCCAUGCAAGUUUAUGUCUAACCUUCCCCAAAAAGUAUUUUCCCUCUUAUUUUUAGUAACAUUUGGCUAACUUGUGUUCAUUUACUGAGACUGAUGUGUUGUAUGGCUCUAUUCAGGUGACCAGGUUGAGAAAGAACAUGUCUCCCUUGCAAGUUGGGGUUACAAACUAAUGAGCUGUUUUAAAUCUCAAAUUAUUGGUCAUUUUUUAUAACUGACCCAUAUACUAUACAUGUAUACUCUAUACAUGUAAUUUAAAUUAUUUUAUUGAACUGAGUCAAUAUUCCUUCAUUUCGUUUACCUAAAUGCUGUUCAGUUAAAAGCGCUCAUUCCUUACAUAUAUCUAUCUAUCAUUGUAUAUGCCCCUCUGCAGAUGCAAGAAGACAAUUACAUUCACAGAGGUCACACCUGCAACCGCUGAGACAUCCUUCAAGCACUAAAGUAAACUAUGUAACUGGAAUAAAAGUUUUUUUAGUAAAA